CAUUCAUUUAAGCCGAAAAAUAGUUUUAAACAAUUGCGGAUUUACUCGAAAGGUUAAGGUGUAGUUACGAGAAUUUUUCUAUACUAUUAUCGCGAUUAGGCCUUGGAGUGUAGAAUUUUUACGAGAGCGAGUGAGAGAAAGAAAAAGAGAGAGAAAGGGUUGCGGUCGCGCGUAUACCCCCCCGAUUCUUUAGUGAAAAUAUACACAUUUUUUUUUCGACUCGCCGGAGCGAUCGCACGCAGCAUUGUGUUACAUGGCGUCAAGAUAAUCGUACCAGUUUAAAUUGCGUCUCUGAGAGUCUAUAGGGAGUGUACUUCACGCAUCACGGCCAAACGUCGCUUCGCUUCGGUAAACAAAAAAACGAGAAAAAAGCCCUUUUCAGUAUCUAUGUGAAGAGUUUACAGUUCCUUAUGAAGGGUUUAACUAAUUUACGUGAAUUCAUUUAAUCACGACGACUCAACUUCGAGACCAGAUUUUCUUCUCACUCUCUGUAUCUCCACAUUUUUGCCCGUGUGGGACCCAAGUAUUUAGAGAUAUCUUUGUUUUUUCUGUCUCUGCUUCUGUAAGGGAACUCGAGGGUGAAGAACAAUCGUAAAAAUAGGUGAAAACCAUCAGGUUUUUCUACACUCGACCGAGGAGUUUCAAAGCUACUUUUAAUAAACGAAAUAACUAAAGAAAAACACUAAGAGAGAUAAAAAAGAUUAAGUACGAAAAAAAGCAAGAAAACAUGGGUAAAACGCCAAAGAAGGCGGCCCCUGGAGGCGAUGAGAGGAAUUUGUACGUUCGCAGACUCAAAACUACUUCUGCUCUGUCGUCUAAAGGUUCCAUGAGACAACGAGAGUCGGAUAAUUCCAACAGGGCUAAAUUGGUCGGAGUGCAAAAACAACUGCCGGUACCUGUGACUAAAGUUUUUAAGAGCAAGUUGCGUAGUCCUGCAAAGUCUCAUCACCAAGCAAUGAAAAAUCCGCCUGGGUUUCAGCCUACAACGAGUAAGGAGGAGAAGAAGUUGACAUCAAUAACAUCAAAGUCGCAAGAUACCGAGUCUGGCACGAUGCAUACGGGUUCUGAGGAAUCAGCGGUGCAGCUGAGAGUGUCAAUAACGAAGAAGGACGUCAAAGAAGAAAGUGGGAAAAAUUCUGCGGACGAUGAUGUUGUCAAAGGAGUUGAAGAAAGCAUCAAUCAUUCGAGUACAAACGGUAAAGAAAUUGUAGAAUUAACAGAAACAGAAAAUACGCCUCGUGAGGAAACGCCAAAAGAGACGGCGAGCGAAUCGAUCGAGGAAAAAUCGACGAAUGAGAAAAGCAGCACCGAGAUCGAAAAGCAGGAAAAUGGCGAUCUCUCGUUCGAAGCACUGAAGAACGAGGAUCAGAAGGAAGAGAUUGAAACCGCUGGUUCGGAGAGCGAAGAGAGCUUUUUAAAACUAAUCGACGAGCCCGAAGUGUCAAAAUCAACGGACGAAAAUUUGCCAACCGAAGAAUGUACGACGAACGGAGAUAAUAAAGGAGAAAAAAUCGAAGAAACUGUAGCGUUGUCGAAAGUAAUCGAAAACUCCUCGAACGAAGUCGUAGAAUCGACAACUGGUGAGACUUUGGACAGUGGGAACAUAUCACAAUCGGACAAAGAAGCCGAAACUACGGACCAAGAUACAGCGAACCGAAACAUCGACGACGCAUCCUUCGUUUCUUACGAUUCAUCGAUAAUGUUAAAAGACGUACAAAUCAAAUUGAAUGAUUGUCUCAAGGAUAAUUCAAAGCUGUUCGAUGUGAGUAACGCCGAAGAUCCGGUUCCGGACGAACCGCCGAAACGCGUCGAUAUGUCGUUCGGCAAAACUCUGCGAAAUAUAUCGGGACGCAGCACGAUAAAUCGUUUGAGAUACAUCACCGUUCGAGAAAGCCGGUUUUCACCGAACAGCUCGCUUUUCGUAAACACAUCGAGUGUUUCCUUGGAUCAAGACGAUCCUGCGAGCAGCAAACUCUCACGAUAUCCGAGCGAGCUGUCCGACGCGAUACUUUGCAACGGCAGUCCCGCCGACAGGAAACGUAAAAUGACAGAUAACGAGGGAGCAUCUUUUAAAAAAUUGAAAACCGAGAGCAGUAGCAAUUUCUUUAACACGUCCUUGGAAUUACUGAAAGGCUUGAGAAGACCCGUCGAAGUAUCGACGCCUAAUGCUCAAGGUUACAAUUUCCAAACCGAUGAAUCGAACUUCAAGGGUUUCAACGACGACAAAUUAACGUCAGACCCCGAGGUCGAACCCAAAAAAUGGUGUGUCGUUAUGUAAAACGAUGAAAAACCCGAUAAAUACCAGAGAUAUUCAAGCGAAUCAUUGGGAAAUCGAACUUGGGACAGUAGCAGAGAUUUUUUUUACUAUUAUCCCAAGUUCCGCCAUUCUCUUUGCCUUUUUUUUGUAAUUUACAAUAAAACCUCAAAAUUAUUCAAUCGUAUUAUAUUUAUGUUUAUAAUACGAUAUUGAAUAACAUUAAUAAGAUGGAUUGUGGCUUAGGAAGGUGAUGAGUCUGCUUAAAAUUUAGGAAAGCGGAUAUUUGAUAAAAAGCGUAGAGGAAGAAGUCAUGGCCAAAAUCCGUCUGUCAUUUGAAUCAACUACAGUCAGUCCCUUUCUAUAAUCUGCAAAGAGUAUAUUUACACUAUAUAUUUGUAUGUUUCCAAAAAAAAAAAAAAGAGAGAAAAUGCCUUUGUUUUCUUAUCACUUUUGGUGUUGGAACAAUGAUUCCGCUCCGAUUAGUGGUAAUUGAUGAGAGUACAAUUCGUCAAGUAGACAACAUUCUAGAAAUUCGAUAUUUUCAACGUUGCAUCAACUCUAUAUUUUUUUUCUAUUUUGUUUGUUAUAAAUUAUUCAGCAUAUAUAUGUUUACGUACGAAUGUUGCCCAUGGAUUAAUCAGAAAACCCAAAAAAAACCGAUUUUGUAUACAUUCUCAAUCUGUUCGACAAAUGUGUGUUCAUUUUCAAAAUGAUAUUUUUCUCGAUGUAUGAUACAAACUGACACUUUACCGACCCAUGACAGUUUUUAUUUCACUAAUUGUAACCCCUCCGUUCGAGGCAUAGAAUUUUUAACGAAACUUUUGUGUCAAUGAUCGUUCUGUUAUCGCUAAAUCGCUUGAUUGUAUUUCGUGACAUUUACGUAUCGAUUCUUUGCGGUUAUUCGAAUCUAUUUCAUCCCAUUGACAGCAUCAUCGUAAACCGAUCCAUAAUUAUAAUUUUUUUAAGAAAUUAAAAUAAUGAAUAAUUGUAUCUAUCACGUAUAGUGUUGAAUUUAUGCUCGAUACCAUAUUCUUUUAUCAUAUUUUACUUGUACGAAGUCUAAUUUAUAGAGUAUGGCUCGAAGAUAUUAUUUUGAGUUCAAUCAAUAAGCAAAACAGAAAUCGAAUGAGGAGAAGACAUAGGCGAGAAAAACAGACCAAUCAUCCCACCAGUUUAUUCAUUAAUUGUUAUUUCGAUAAGUCUCCUCAUUCGUCGAAAAAUUAUAACGAUAAUAAUGAAUACGUGUACAUAGAAAGUAUGAGUGAUUUUUAAUAAACCCCAUAAUGCAAA